CGCGGAUGACCACACUAGACGCGGAUAACGGAUAAUACCUGUAGCAUUCUCUCGCGUACAUUUUGAAACUUUCCCUGAUUUUACCAUGUAAUAUUCGAUUUGCACGCCGCUAGGGUGCGACAAACCUGAUCUCAAAUACCCUUGAGUGCAGUGGAAGCAGGCUUGUAAAUACAGUGGAAAGUAAGAAAAAGGCCUAUGCUAGAGUAUUGCUACUCACCCCCAACAAUUGCUAAAGAUUAACACACAAACCUCGGGGUUCUUUUUUCGAAGUGUUAAACAAACGUACAUACUCAGGGUUACCGCGAGACAUUGAAAACUAACGCGGUAAAUUGUUGAUAAAAUUGUUUUCCCUUGCGUGGACGAGGUCAGUCUCCUCAUGACUGGCUGAGAGCUUGCUGGUGUGGCUUCCUGGAGGCUCCAACCUCAUGACCCUAUACAGCAACCUCGAUACAGACGUUAAGUCAUCGGAAGAAGAGAAAAAGGCCCUUACAUCAGAAUUGUGAAGACAAAAUCCUGUGAGACACAGAAGUAUCCGCUAAGCCACACGUUGUUGACGUCAGCGCGAGGGCGGAGCUUACUGUAACAUCCAGCACAACCCGCUUUAAUUUCCUGUUGUUUUAGCACACCUGUGCUCUCUCCCGUGCACAGCAGCACGACGAUGAGCGUUCGUUCUCUAGCUGUCCGGCGAAAGCAUAAGUGAUGCAGAGAGGUGAGCCAGUAAGAACGAAGUGGAUGGUUGGUAAGAUCGAGGUCAGAGACCUGUCAUCUUUGGCCCUAGGGUAAGUGGGGUGACCAAUGAGAGCGCCGCUCCUGACGUGCCUGCCCCGGGCCAUACACAACCCGGAUGCCAACCCCAAAACCUCCCACGGGCCAUGGCGGCACUCAUCUGUCUCUCUACCAAGCAUCAGCUAUUAGAAAAUAGCAAGCGAAUCUAAGAGUUUGGUCCGGCUGGGAGGUGAAUAGCUUGAGAGAGAGGAGUGGGUGGAGUGUGGGUUGCCUCGUGUCUAGGUGCUGAGGAGUGCGGGUUCCCAACUGUGGUGGCCGGUGUGGUGUUCUGUGCUGUCCUGAGGUGUUGAUUCCUCGAGGUCCAGCGAAGGAGUCCCCCACGGAGCUCUGGUGUAGCAGAGCGAGUAAGCAGAAGCAGCAGCAGCAGGAGGUAACGGGUUGCCAGACGUCAUCGGCAGGUAGGACUAGCGACUGGGCGCCCAGGCACAGUACACUCGGCGGGCUGCAGUCUCACAUCGCCAUUCCAACUCCGACCAUCAAACGGAGAGGACCAGCCCAUCUCCGUUCCUACCAGCUGGCAAGGAGGGACUAGAAGAAGUGAGACGGCGUCACUACUGAGAGAGCAAAGUCCGGAAUGGAGGACAGAAGCGUCUUCCUCUUGGUACUCUUGCUGCUCGUCUGUCUGGCAACGCAAACUUUAUCAGCUCCUUACUCUGGUGAUGUGUUCCAACAGCAGCAGACAGACCUCUCAGAGCUCUUCCACUCGUCGAAAGGAGGGAUGAUCGGUCCUCUCUUCAGACACAACGGUCCCCAGGAUGCUGCCUUGGCUACUGACGGAGGUUGUUACUACCAGUUCAGCCACUACAACGAGGGUGACAGGAUCGUCACCAACGAGCCCUGCCUGAACUGCACCUGUCACAACUCCAUGCUCAUGUGCUACCUUAAGGUGUGUCCCUUCAGCAAGCCCAUUGGUCAAGACUGUACGGUAGAGAAGAGUUCUAAUCAAUGCUGCCCCGUGAUCACCUGUCCACAAGUGCCAGUGAACCUACAAGUGAUGCAGAUGACCACCACCACCACCUCUCCUCCUAGCAUCAGCAGCAGCAGCAGCAUCAUCAGCGGUAGCGGAGAUACCAUCACCGACCUGGCCACCGUGACGGAACACGGCUGUACCAUCGAAGGAAGCUACUAUCCCGACGGCGUCCAGGUUCCUGGAAAUCCAGCCAAACCUUGCGAGUUGUGUUACUGCAUCAGGAACCACACUGCUUGUGUCAUGCAGGAGUGCACUCUCAAGGUACCAAGAUGCGAACCCAUCUUCGAGGAGGGUAUCUGCUGCCCCGUCAGAUACGGCUGUGCUUAUAACGAGACUGACGAGGGUCUUCUGACGACGACAACGUCUCCCUUCGCUACGGUGAAUGACUCCAUAGUCUUGCCGACCACCACCAUGCCUCCCAGCCCCGCCGGCUGCUUCCACAAGGGAGACUUCUACGCCGACGGUGCUCUCAUUCCUUCUGACGACCCUUGUGAGCACUGCUACUGCGUGCUGAGUGACCUGGUGUGUGUCAUCCAGGGGUGCUCUACCCUUGACGACAUGCAAGAGAACUGCAUCCCAAGAGCCGCCCGUGAGGGGGUGUGCUGUCCUGAAGCCUACGAUUGUCCUGAGGUGACAACAGUCACGAUAGAUGCUUCCGCAGUAACGAUCGACCCCAGCAGGGCGACUGAGGGAUACCAGGAAGUGACUGAGGAAUCUACAACAGAGGGUGACCUCGACGGGCUGACAGCCACUGACAGACCGGCUGUAGAUUUAGAAACUGAUGCUGAAACCACUGAUAGCCAAACUGGUGUGGAGACAGGCACUCAUGCUCCAAUUGGUGUUGAUGAGACAGCCACUUAUGCCCCUGGUAUUGAGGCAGGCACUAAUGAUUCAACUAGUAUUGAGACAGGUACUGAUGAAUCAACUGGUAUUGAGACAGGUACUGACAUAUCAAUCGGAGACGGAAUUUCCACUGAUUCUCCAACAGUACCAGAAGGAGUCAGUGCAUCUGUUACUCAACCCUCAACACUUACUGAGGCAACUUUGGUUACUGAAAGUCCUGAAGAUAAAGACACUACAGGAGUUACAGAGAUUCCUGUAGGUACACCAGGCCCUGAUACUUCAGCAACUGAUGACACUGCCACUGAUGGACCAGCUGAGGUUGAUGAGACAGCCACUGAUAGACCAGUUGAAGUUGAUGAGACAGCCACUGAUGGACCAGUUGAAGUUGAUGAGACAGCAACUCAUCCCCCAACUGGUGUUGAGACAGGCACUGAUGGACCAAGUGGUGUAGAGACAGGCACUGAUGAAUCAAUUGGUAUUGAGACAGGUACUAAUGUUCCAACUAGUAUUGAGACAGGCACUGAUGAAUCAAUUGGUACUGAAACAGGUACUGACGAAUCAACUGGGACUGAGACAGUCACUGAUGAAUCAACUGGUGUUGAUGAGACAGCUACUCAUGCUCCUGGUAUUGAGACAGGUACUGGUGAAUCAACUGGUAUUCAGACAGGCACUGAUGAAUCAACUGGUGCUGAAACAGGUACUGACGAAUCAACUGGGACUGAGACAGUCACUGAUGAAUCAACUGGUAUUCAGACAGGUACUGAUGAAUCAACUGGGAUUGAGACAGGCACUGAUGAAUCAACUGGGAUUGAGACAGGCACUGAUGAAUCAACUGGUGUUGAUGAGACAGCUACUCAUGCCCCUGGUGUCGAGACAGUUACUGACGAAUCAACUGGUAUUGAGACAGGUACUGACAUAUCAACUGGAGACGGAAUUUCCACUGAUUCUCCAGCAGUACCAGAAGGAGUCAGUGCAUCGCCCACCACUAGUUCCUACACUACCACUGAAAGUUCAGUAACUCCAGAGGUGACCCUCGACCAAGAUGGUGAUUACAUUACUGAGGCUUCUGUUGCUACUGACGGUGUGAGUGAUGUUAGUGAACCAAGUGUUACUCAACCCUCAAUACUUACUGAGGCAACUUUGGUUACUGAAAGUCCUGAAGAUAAAGAUACUACAGGAGUUGCAGAGAUUCCUGUAGGUACACCAGGCCCUGAUACUUCAGCAACUGAUGACACUGCCACUGAUGGACCAGCUGAGGUUGAUCAGCCAGCCACUGAUGGACCAGCUGAGGUUGAUGAGACAGCCACUGAUAGACCAGCUGAGGUUGACGAGACAGCCACUCAUCCCCCAACUGGUGUUGAGACAGGCACUGAUGAACCAACUGGUGUAGAGACAGGCACUGGUGUACUAACUGGCGUUGAGACAGGCACUGAUGGUCCAGUUGGUGUUGAUGAAACAGCCACUCAUGCCCCUGGCAUCGAGACAGCCACUGAUGAAUCAACUGGUACUGAGACAGGCACUGAUGCCCCAACUGGUGCUGAUGAGACAGACACUCAUGCCCUGGUAUUGAGACAGGCACUGAUGAAUCAACUGGUGUUGAGACAGGCACUGAUGAAUCAACUGGUGCUGAGACAGGCACUGAAUGAAUCAACUGGUGUUGAGACAGGCACUGAUGAAUCAACUGGUGCUGAGACAGGCACUGAUGGACCAACUGGUGUAGAGACAGGCACUGGUGUACUAACUGGCGUUGAGACAGGCACUGAUGGUCCAGUUGGUGUUGAUGAAACAGCCACUCAUGCCCCUGGCAUCGAGACAGCCACUGAUGAAUCAACUGGUACUGAGACAGGCACUGAUGCCCCAACUGGUGCUGAUGAGACAGACACUCAUGCCCCUGGUAUUGAGACAGGCACUGAUGAAUCAACUGGUGUUGAGACAGGCACUGAUGAAUCAACUGGUGCUGAGACAGGCACUGAUGAAUCAACUGGUGUUGAGACAGGCACUGAUGAAUCAACUGGUGCUGAGACAGGCACUGAUGCCCCAACUGGUGUUGAUGAAACAGCCACUCAUGCCCCUGGCAUCGAGACAGCCACUGAUGAAUCAACUGGUACUGACACAGGCACUGAUGCCCCAACUGGUGCUGAUGAGACAGACACUCAUGCCCCUGGUAUUGAGACAGGCACUGAUGAAUCAACUGGUGUUGAGACAGGCACUGAUGAAUCAACUGGUGUUGAGAUAGGCACUGAUGAAUCAACUGGUGCUGAGACAGGCACUGAUGAAUCAACUGGUGUUGAGACAGGCACUGAUGAAUCAACUGGUGCUGAGACAGGCACUGAUGAAUCAACUGGUGCUGAGACAGGCACUGAUGAAUCAACUGGUGUUGAGACAGGCACUGAUGAAUCAACUGGUGUUGAGACAGGCACUGAUGAAUCAACUGGUGCUGAGAUAGGCACUGAUGAAUCAACUGGUGCUGAGACAGGCACUGAUGAAUCAACUGGUGUUGAGACAGGCACUGAUGCCACAACUGGUGUUGAUGAGAUAGCCACUCAUGCCCCUGGUAUUGAGACAGGUGCUGACGAAACAACUGGUAUUGAGACAGGUACUGACGAAUCAACUGGUAUUGAGACAGGUACUGACGAAUCACCUGGUGUCGAGACAGUUACUGACGAAUCAUCUGGUAUUGAGACAGGUACUGAUGAAUCAACUGGAGAGGGAAUUUCCACUGAUUCUCCAGCAGUACCAGAAGGAGUCAGUGCAUCGCCCACCACUAGUUCCUACACUACCACUGAAAGUUCAGUAACUCCAGAGGUGACCCUCGACCAAGAUGGUGAUUACAUUACUGAGGCUUCUGUUGCUACUGACGGUGUGAGUGAUGUUAGUGAACCAAGUGUUACUCAACCCUCAACACUUACUGAGGCAACUUUGGUUACUGAAAGUCCUGAAGAUAAAGAUACUACAGGAGUUACAGAGAUUCCUGUAGGUACACCAGGCCCUGAUACUUCAGCAACUGAUGACACUGCCACUGAUGGACCAGCUGAGGUUGAUCAGCCAGCCACUGAUGGACCAGCUGAGGUUGAUGAGACAGCCACUGAUAGACCAGCUGAGGUUGACGAGACAGCCACUCAUCCCCCAACUGGUGUUGAGACAGGCACUGAUGGACCAACUGGUGUAGAGACAGGCACUGGUGUACUAACUGGCGUUGAGACAGGCACUGAUGGACCAAUUGGUGUUGAGACAGGUACUGAUGAAUCAACUGGUAUUGAGACAGGCACUGAUGAAUCAACUGGUGUUGAGACAGGCACUGGUGUACUAACUGGUGUUGAGACAGGUACUGAUGAAUCAACUGGUAUUGAGACAGGCACUGAUGAAUCAACUGGUGUUGAGACGGCUACUCAUGCCCCAUCUGGUGUUGAUGAGACAGCUAUUGAUGGGCCACCUGAAGUUGAAAUAGCCACCUAUGACCCAGCUGAAGUUGAUGGGUCAGUCACUCACGGUCCAACUGAGACAGUUACUGGUUCCACAGCUGAUGUUUCUGAGACUUCAACAAGUCUAGAAGAAACGUUCCCAGAAGUUCCCGAUGGCGUCUAUGCAACUGAAACGCCUUCUGUUGCCCCUGAAACUGAGGUACCGGGAGAGUCCCUCACUGUAGCUACACAAACUUCUGAGGGUGCCUACACAGAGUCUCCUCUGGCGACUGGAAACUGUGAUGUUAAUGGGACACUGUAUAAGAGUAACGCCUUUGUUCCUGUAACUGAUCCUUGCCAAGAAAGUUGUAAAUGUGUGGAAGGCCAGGUAAAGUGUGAAUACAUAGGAUGUCCUCCUCCACCACCUCGCUUUCUUAGAUGUGACUCCAAGCCUGUGGAAGGAGUGUGCUGCCCAACUUAUUCCUGCCCCACAUCUGAGGUAGAGACCUUACCGUCACCCGGGUGCCUUGUUGAUGGCGUCCAGUAUUAUGAAGGAGAUUAUGUGCCAAGGUCCGACUUCUGCACUGAUUGCUACUGCUUAAAGGGAGAAACUAUUUGCGCAUUUGUAGAAUGCAGUGAACCUGCUGGCCAAAACUGCACACCCUCGGAAGUUCCUAAGGGCGAAUGCUGUCCAUCGAAAUAUGACUGUGAUGCGAUCGAUAUUCUCGAGGUAGGAAACCUUGUUACGGGUGCUGACACUGAGGCAGGCACAACCCUGUCACCUACGCCUACUGACAUUGUUGAUGAAAAAGUGACGGAAAAGGAAGGUGAGGCAGCUGUCACUGAGGCAGGACAUGCAGAACCUGAGGCACCAGUCACUCAAGCUAUCAUUACCGGUGAAAUAGCAGGUGGAACAGUUGAACUAACGGAGGCGCCAGAUGCCAUGAUGACUGGACCGGGUUCUUCCAUGGAGACGCGAACAACCGCUCCUGAUGACGAUAGCUUCCUUACUACGCCAAUGACCAUUAUAACUGAUGAAAGCCUGCCAACACAGAGUGAAGAGGAUGCGGUCACAAAAGCACCAGCUGAAGUUCAACAGAUUGCCACUGGCAUACAGACUGGAGUUGAUGAGUCAGAAGACUCAACAGUAGCUCCUGGGGAAGAAGUAAGUCCUGAUGGGGUCCCUGGAGAAGGAAGCUGUAUACUGAACAGUACCACAUACAACAAUGGUGCCACAGUUCCUGGUACGACACCUUGCCACAAGUCAUGCACCUGCCAGAACAGUAUUAUAGCUUGUACUUUGAAGGCCUGUCCUCCUCCACCUCCGUCAUUCUUGCGAUGCCAGCCUGUCCAAGACCCAGACCAGUGCUGCCCUUCAUACGACUGUGACUCUGUAACCCAGGAGACAACUCCGUCGCCCGGUUGCAUUAGUUAUGGGGUUCAGUACUACGAGGGUCAGGCGGUUCCUAGUAAAGAUGUCUGCACUGACUGUUUCUGCACUGGCGGCGAGAUAGUCUGCGCUAGCCUCGACUGUACGCCUCCCGCUGGAAUUAAUUGCAAACCAAUCAUACGAAGCGAAGAUGACUGUUGCCCCAAGGAGUAUGAAUGUGGUGAUACAGCCACUGAUGGUCCAACUGAUGUUGAUACAGCCACUGAUGGUCCAACUGAUGUUGAUACAGCCACUGAUGGUCCAACUGAUGUUGAUACAGCCACUGAUGGUCCAACUGAUGUUGAUACAGCCACUGAUGGUCCAACUGAUGUUGAUACAGCCACUGAUGGUCCAACUGAUGUUGAUACAGCCACUGAUGGUCCAACUGAUGUUGAUACAGCCACUGAUGGUCCAACUGAUGUUGAUACAGCCACUGAUGGUCCAACUGAUGUUGAUACAGCCACUGAUGGUCCAACUGAUGUUGAUACAGCCACUGAUGGUCCAACUGAUGUUGAUACAGCACUGAUGGUCCAACUGAUGUUGAUACAGCCACUGAUGGUCCAACUGAUGUUGAUACAGCCACUGAUGGUCCCAACUGAUGUUGAUACAGCCACUGAUGGUCCAACUGAUACUGAUACAGCCACAGAUGGACCAACUGAUACUGAUACAGACACUCAUGGUCCAACUGAUACUGAUACAGCCACUGAUGGACCAACUGAUGUUGAUACAGCUACUGGUGGUUCAAUUGAUGUUGAUACAGCCACUGAUGGACCAACUGAUGUUGAUACAGCUACUGGUGGUUCAAUUGAUGUUGAUACAGCCACUGAUGGACCAACUGAUACUGAUACAGCCACUGAUGGUCCAACUGAUGUUGAUACAGCCACAGAUGGACCAGCUGAUGUUGAUACAGCCACUGAUGGUCCAACUGAUAUUGAUACAGCCACAGAUGGACCAACUGAUACUGAUACAGCCACUGAUGGUCCAACUGAUGUUGAUACAGCCACAGAUGGACCAGCUGAUGUUGAUACAUUCACUGAUGGUCCAACUGAUAUUGAUACAGCCACAGAUGGACCAACUGAUACUGAUACAGACACUCAUGGUCCAACUGAUACUGAUACAGCCACUGAUGGACCAACUGAUGUUGAUACAGCUACUGAUGGUCCAAUUGAUGUUGAUACAGCCACUGAUGGACCAACUGAUGUUGAUACAGCCACUGAUGGACCAACUGAUGUUGAUACAGCCACUGAUGGACCAACUGGUGUUGAUACAGCCACUGAUGGACCAGCUGAUGUUGAAACAGCCACUGAUGGACCAACUGGUGUUGAUACAGCCACUGAUGGACCAACUGAUGUUGAUACAGCCACUGAUGGACCAACUGGUGUUGAUACAGCCACUGAUGGACCACUGAUGUUGAUAACAGCCACUGAUGGACCAACUGGUCCACUGAUGGACCAGACUGAUGUUGAUACAGCCACUGAUGGACCAACUGAUGUUGAUACAGCCACUGAUGGACCAACUGGUGUUGAUACAGCCACUGAUGGACCAGCUGAUGUUGAUACAGCCACUGAUGGACCAACUGAUGUUGAUACAGCCACUGAUGGACCAACUGAUGUUGAUACAGCCACUGAUGGACCAACUGGUGUUGAUACAGCCACUGAUGGACCAGCUGAUGUUGAUACAGCCACUGAUGGACCAGCUGAUGUUGAUACAGCCACUGAUGGACCAACUGGAUCCACUGAUGUACCAACUGAUGUUGAUACAGCCACUGAUGGACCAACUGAUGUUGAUACAGCCACUGAUGGACCAACUGAUGUUGAUACAGCCACUGAUGUUAUAACUGAUGUUGAUACAGCCACUGAUGUUAUAACUGAUGUUGAUACAGCCACUGAUGGACCAACUGAUGUUGAUACAGCCACUGAUGGACCAGCUGAUGUUGAUACAGCCACUGAUGUUAUAACUGGUGUUGAUACAGCCACUGAUGGACCAACUGGUGUUGAUACAGCCACUGAUGGACCAGCUGAUGUUGAUACAGCCACUGAUGGACCAACUGAUGUUGAUACAGCCACUGAUGGACCAACUGAUGUUGAUACAGCCACUGAUGGACCAACUGAUGUUGAUACAGCCACUGAUGGACCAACUGAUGUUGAUACAGCCACUGAUGGACCAACUGGUGUUGAUACAGCCACUGAUGGACCAGCUGAUGUUGAUACAGCCACUGAUGGACCAACUGGUGUUGAUACAGCCACUGAUGGACCAACUGGUGUUGAUACAGCCACUGAUGGACCAACUGAUGUUGAUACAGCCACUGAUGUUACACUGCCACUGAUGACAACUGAUGUUGAUUCAGCCACUGAUGGACCAACUGAUGUUGAUACAGCCACUGAUGGACCAACUGAUGUUGAUACAGCCACUGAUGGACCAACUGAUGUUGAUUCAGCCACUGAUGGACCAACUGAUGUUGAUACAGCCACAGAUGGACCAACUGAGUUUGAUACAGUCACUGAUGGACCAACUGAUGUUGAUACAGCCACUGAUGGACCAACUGAUGUUGAUACAGCCACUGAUGGACCAGCUGAUGUUGAUACAGCCACUGAUGGACCAACUGAUGUUGAUACAGCCACUGAUGGAUCAGGUGAUGUUGAUACAGCCACUGAUGGUCCACCUGAUGUUGAUACAGUCACUGAUGGUACAAUUGAUCCUGAUACAGUCACUGAUGGACCGACUGAUGUUGAUACAGCCACUGAUGGACCAGCUGAUGUUGAUACAGCCACUGAUGGACCAACUGAUGUUGAUACAGCCACUGAUGGACCAGCUGAUGUUGAAACAGCCACUGAUGGACCAACUGAUGUUGAUACAGCCACUGAUGGUCCAACUGAUGUUGAUACAGCCACUGAUGUUCCAACUGAUGUUGAUACAAAGCUGCCUACGGCGGACAUUGGUGACAACUUGAUACAAGAUACGAUGACGACCGUGGGAGAUAGUACAAGUGGCAACACCACCACUAGUUCCUACACUACAACUGAAAGUUCAGUAACUCCAGAGGUGACCCUCGACCAAGAUGGUGAUUACAUUACUGAGGCUUCUGUUGCUACUGACGGUGUGAGUGAUGUUAGUGAACCAAGUGUUACUCAACCCUCAACACUUACUGAGGCAACUUUGGUUACUGAAAGUCCUGAAGAUAAAGACACCACAGGAGUUACAGAGAUUCCUGUAGGUACACCAGGCCCUGAUACUUCAGCAACUGAUGACACUGCCACUGAUGGACCAGCUGAGGUUGAUCAGCCAGCUACUCAUCCCCCAACUGGUGUUGAGACAGGCACUGAUGGUCCAGUUGGUGUUGAUAUAGGAACUGAUGUCCCAACUGCUGUUGAUUCAGGCACUGAUGCCCCAACUGGUGACGAGACAGGCACUGAUAAACCAACUGGUGUUGAGACAGGCACUGACGAACCAACUGGUUCUGAGACAGGCACCGGCGCCCCAACUGGUGUUGAGACAGGCUCUGGUACCCCAACUGGUGUUGAGACAGGCACUGACAAACCAAUCGGUGUGGAAACAGGCACUGAUAAACCAUCUGUUGUUGACACAGGCACUGACGAACCAACUGGUGUUGAGACAGGCACUGCCUCAACUGGUGUUGAUGAGUCAGCCACUGUAAGCUCUCUGGGCCCUGAAGGCACCAAGGCUCCAACAGUUAUUGAGGGUCCCGAAGGUGCAAAACAACCUGGCAGUACUGACGCCUCUGCAGGUAGUGGCCCGUCCACCACCUCCUCGACGUCCUAUGUUGACGACACGGAUAGCGUGGUGACUGAGGCCUCUUUGGCUACUGAUGAUUUUGAUGUGACUGGCGGUGUGACUGCUACAGAAUCUUCUUUCUUCCCUGAAGAACCAACUGUCACGGGCGAAUCACUGGUUACUGAUGGUUCUGUUAGUACUGACAGCACCUCCGACGACUUCAGUGGAACUAGUGUCACCGAAGCUGCAGGAACUACUGCUGCUGGGCAGAGUACGGGGAGUGUCCUUGGUGACACAAGCAGUACCGACUCAGAGACUUCAGUUGGUGUCAGUGAGUCCAGUACUUCUGAGGCAACACUCGCGACAGAGGACUCUGUAAGUGAGGCUCCUGAAAGCACAUCUAUUUCACCGUUUGAGUUUUCCUCAGUCACAGAGUUGACUGAGAAACCUUCCCAGGCGACCAAGCCUACGACAGUAGCUGGUAGCACUGAAACUUCAACCACGGAGGGAGACAUUAUUGCGCAAGUCUCUGAGAAACAACCUGAAGUUGGCGCUGAAAUAGGGAGCUCGGAGGCACCUGCGGUAACCACAGUAUCACCAGAUGCUUCCUUGAUUGCAUUCCCAACACCUGUCACUUCAGAUGCAUAUCCGUUCCCACCUUAUCCAGGCACUGAAUCACCAAUACCAUCCUAUCCAAGUUCAGAAUCAACCACAGACACAGCUUGGACACCAUCGUCAGCGACUGAAAUGAUUUUGGGUCCCGGUGCAUGCAUGUUUGAUGGCAAGGUAUAUGUGUCAGCCCAGCAGAUUCCCCGCGAAGACGACUGCGAGUUCUGUUUCUGCUUCCGUGGUGAUAUCAUUUGCUUGCAACAGACCUGUCCAUAUCCCAUUGACGGGUGCUUUAAGGAACGUAUCCCAGGUUUCUGCUGUCCACGAUACGAGUGUCCCGUCACUCGGAGUGUGGUUAACAUCACCACUACCACCACGCCGAUCCCUACCUACCCACCUGUGCAGCGACGGGAAGAAGUAUUCAUGUGUGAGAUCAGUGACAAAUUCUACCACAUCGGUGAACUGGUCGAAGAAGCCUCAGGACCAUGUCUAGUGUGCAGGUGUGGUAGGGGAGGCAUGAUGGAGUGUGAUCCCAAGGAUUGCCCGGCUGAACCCAUGCUUCGUCAGAUCCUCGGCACUAAGUACCAGCGGUGAGCGUCUUGUCAGGAAGGGUCGUGCAGCCUAGCCGCCCUCCACACCCGCUACCACCACUCACUACAACUACCCACUACCACCCACCUGCCACCCGUACACACAGGGAUGGCCAGUCCUAGCAACUCCCAUCUGUUCCUGCUUGCUGGGAUGGUUCACGCGUGGACACCAUCCUAGUAGCAUACAUUUUUUUGGGAGGGGUUUGCUAGGCGGGUUCUUGCUGCUAGGUUACUAAGAGAAGUAAAGGACAUUUUUCUGAAAGUAAAUCAACGGUGAUAAUUUCGGUAUAUAACAUACAAUUGUGGUGAUGUUAUGAAAGUGUCGAUUUCUAAAUUUGUGUAUGUGUGUGCGCGCGCGCUUGUGUGUGUGUAUGAAUGCAUCACGUCCCUUCUCAGUAGCCAUGUUAAGCUAGUGUGUCCACAACGCUCAAAUAGAAAGUCUGUGUUAAGAGGAGUGGUGACUGUGUAAUGUGAAGACAGACUAGACGUAGUGCCAAGUAGUCCCGUACAUUGUUAUAGAAAACGUAAAAUAUACACUCGACGAGGAGCAAAGGAGCCUAGAUAAUCUUACUCCUUUCCUCCCCCUCCCCAAGAAAAAUAGUAAUAAUAAGGAUCGAUAUUUUGAGCUUAAGGUAUCACUGGUAGCUUCGCGUGUCACGGAUGUAUUGUUUCUGCUGUUAAAAGUUGAAAGAGACAGGUGACAGCAUUAUGUGUUGGCAUUCUCAUCAUUACCUCCUUUAUUGUUCUCUAGAAAUUAGAAUUUGUAGCAUAUUUUCUCCCCACUAAGACAUACAUUAUAUAUAUAUAU